AUGAGAUUCAAUGGACAUUUGCAGGUGAACAUUAUCUAUCUAUCUAUCUAUCUAUCUAUCUAUCUAUCUAUCUAUCUAUCUAUCUAUCCAAGUCUAUUCCUAUCUAUCUAUCUAUCUAUCUAUCUAUCUAUCUAUCUAUCUAUCCAAGUCUAUUCCUAUCUAUCUAUCUAUCUAUCUAUCUAUCUAUCUAUCUAUCUAUCUAUCUAUCUAUCUAUCCCAGUCUGUUUCUAUCUAUCUAUCUAUCUAUCUAUCUAUCUAUCUAUCUAUCUAUCUAUCUAUCUAUCCCAGUCUGUCCAUAUCUAUCUAUCUAUCUAUCUAUCUAUCUAUCUAUCUAUCUAUCUAUCUCAGUCUGUUCAUAUCUAUCUAUCUAUCCCAGUCUGUUUCUAUCUAUCUAUCUAUCUAUCUAUCUAUCUAUCUAUCUAUCUAUCCCAGUCUGUUCAUAUCUAUCUAUCUAUCUAUCUAUCUAUCUAUCUAUCUAUCUAUCCCAGUCUGUUCUAUUAUCUAUCUAUCUAUCUAUCUAUCUAUCUAUCUAUCUAUCUAUCUAUCUAUCCUAGUCUGUUCAUUAUCUAUCUAUCUAUCUAUCUAUCUAUCUAUCUAUCUAUCUAUCUAUCUAUCUAUCUAUCUAUCUAUCCCAGUCUGUUCAUUAUCUAUCUAUCUAUCUAUCUAUCUAUCUAUCUAUCUAUCUAUGUCUGUUCUAGCGAUCUAUUAUCUAUACCUGUUCUUACUAUCUAUCUAUCUAACUAUCUAUCUGGAUCCUGUUCUUUUUCCUCCUUUCUCCUGCCUAAAAUUUUAAGUUCAUUCUGCUCUCAAUUCUACAUUUUUAUUUAUUCUAUUUUUUCUUUCAUUUUAUUCAUUUUUACUUCCAAUUCCUUAAUUUUAUUCUGCUUUCAUGUCGCCAUUUUCAUUUCAUAUUUACAGCAGUUAUUACUGUUAUCAUUUAAUAUCUCGUUGCAUUCCUUCCUUACCUUCCUUCCUUUCCUUCCUUCCUUUAUCCUUCCUUUAUCCUUCCUUCCUCCUUACUUCGUCCCUCCCUUCCUUCCUUAUUUCUUUCUUUUCUUUCUUUCUUUCUUUCUUUCCUUCCUUCCUUCGUUUCUUCCACCUUACUUCAUCCCUCCCUUCUUUCCUUCUUCCUUCCUUCCUUUCUUAUUUUUCCUUCCUUCCUUCCUUUCUAAUUUUUCCUUCCUUCCUUCCUUCCUUCCUUCCUUCCUUCCUUCCUUCCUUCCUUCCUUCCUUCCUUCCUUCCUUCCUUCCUUUCUUUUCUUCCCUUCUUCCAUUCCUUACUUCUUUACUUCAUUCCUUUCAACCUUCCUUUAUCCUUCCUUGCCACCAACUUUCUUUCCUCACUUCAUCCAAUUUCUUUCCUUCCUUCCUUCCUUCCUUCCUUCCUUCCUUCCUUCCUUCCUUCUUUUAUUCUUACCUUCAUGUCUCCUCCUCGCCCUUCCUUUUUUCUCCAUUCUUUCAUUCCUCCUUCCCUCCCUUCCUCUUUCCGUUUCUCCUUCACUCCUUCACGCCCGUCUUUCCCUCCUUCCCUCCUUCCUUCCUUUCUUUCUUGCUAUGAGAGAUUUGAUAUUGUAA